AUGGCUUCUCUCGAGGAUCGCCUUCCUUCCCAGCCCGGUAUGGGCACUUUGGCCGACCAAGGAGACUCGAGACGGCUUCAUCCCGUCCACAGCAACUCCUCUUCUGAUCCGCGCCAGCAGAGGCCCCGCGGUUCCUCAAAUACUGCCUCAGACUCAGGAAACAUUGAAUCUACCCGUUGUCAGCAAGCCAGGCAACCUAUAAAUGAUGCCGUCAAGUCCGCUUUCAAUUCCACUGACGCUGCUUCCAAUGCUACUUUCCCUCCGGAUUUACUGCAGCAAAUCACCUCACAGAUUACUGCAAACGUUCUAUCCCAACUCAGGGCGUCCAACAUCUCUCUUCCCUCCCAGCAAUCUCAUCUAUCUGCCUCACAAAUGGAUGCCCUCUCUUCCACAGCCGGCUCGCCUCCAUUGGAUCGAUCCACCGUCUAUACUCCUCCUUCCCCGUACCGCAACUCGGAAGAUUUGGGACAUAGCCAACAGUCCCCACAAUUUCCUCCAUUCUCAUCAGCCCAAUCCUCCUUUAGGGCUGCCUCACCUCCGGUCGAGAGGAGGCCGAUCUCCCCUUCCAGCCAAGCCAGCCAUAUGUCAGAGGCUGAAGCGCACCCAGACCGGUCCAAUCGACCUAAAGGCCCAAGAAGGAUAUCAACGGGCGCUGAUACGACAAUCCUGGAACGGAUCUGGGGACCAUUGUUCAAUGAGCAGGGACAAGCCACAGCUCGGCUUGGACAGUUUCUACGUGGGAUCGCCGUUCACCUCAUAGACAACUACGAGCCAAAGCAGAGCUUAGUCGUCACUCCAUCCAAGUUGCAGAGAUACUACGAAGAAACCAAGCUCACCAGUGAGCAUUACCCGUGGAAGAUCAUAUUCGACGACAGGACAUCGUCAAUAUCUCGGAUGUUUCGUGAGAUUGAGGCUCAACAUCAUCUUGUCCAGGACAAGCCUAGCGAAAGGCCAGAUACCCCUGGCUUGACUCCGCAAGGCUUCGAGACCUGGGCCACCCUUCUCCUCCGAGCACAUCCAGAUCAGGAGUUCGAGCGGCUGGCCAAGACUGCCCUCGAUAUGCCUAUCAGCAACCCGGAUGAGAAGAAAGAGAGGUUUCCUAAAGAAUUGUCCAGACGACUAUUCCCCAAUGAUCCCGAUACGGAAGUCGCCUAUAAAUUACAAAAGGCCAUGUCUACACACUGUAAUGUCACGUUUUCUUCCUCUGCGAGACAAGGUAGCGUCGCAGACACUCCAGGCCCGUCUCAGAACAACAAUCAAUCCCAAAGUCAACCCCAAUCCCAAUCCCAAGCUCAACCUCCGCUCCAGCCUCAGCUUCAAAGCCAACCACAAAACACGGCCACAACUCAACCCACUCAACCCACUCAACCCAACCAACUUAGUGAGGAGCCAAUACAAAAAGCCAAUCUUCGUCCAUCUAUGGACACCCAGGAGCCGGUGGUGAAUGGGAUCAAAUCAAGCCCUGCAUUGUCACAUGCAAGCCUGGAACGUCAGCGGCAGCCCUAUUCUGGCGUCCCAACCAGUGAUGCUGUCAGCAGUGGAAGCGCCGUUGAAAAUGAGGAAGAAGGCAUGCCAACCCCUCAGCCAAUCGAGAGAGAGCGAAAGCCUUAUGUGUCUACACCCGGCCUCGGAAAGAACUAUGACAAUCUCGAUAAGCCUAUUACGGCUCCGGCUCCGGCUCCAGUGCCUGACACCAGGUCGUCUGCUCCUCAAAGCGAGCCCAAAUUAAGCAGGUCGGGCUCAUUUCAUACCGGUUCAAGACCAACUGUGAUACAGUCGAAGCCAGGCCCAAUACCCAUCCAUACGAGGGUGCCACCCCCUCCAAUGGACAUACCAGAGACUCGUCAUCAUCGCUCCAAUAGUGUCUAUCAUAAGGACCAGCCACGGCGUACCCGUUCACCGUCAACAAGUAAAGAGAAUGGCACGACGGGGUACAUCAGGAGAGGCGAGAGUGAUGUGCCAUACGUCCCUGCAAGCCACUAUCAUGCCAGCCCGAGCGAUACAUAUGAAGACAUGAGGCGGCAUAGGGAAUACGAAGCCCAGCGAGAGCGACUUGCCAAUGACCGUUACGAUGCCGCAAGAAUGGCAGCAUAUGAUCCCCGUGAGCGGGAGAGGGAGCGGGAGCGGGACAACCGACCGAGGAUGCAAUCGGUAUCUGGAUACGACCAACAACCUCGGCCACCAUAUAACGGAACGUCCAACCUUAGCGAAGAGGAGUACUAUCGCGAGCGUAGACAUCUUGGAGAAGGUGGUGGUUCUUACACGACUACCACACCCAUCAGUACUGGGUUUCAGUUUCACCCGCCACCAGUCCAUACCAACUCAACCACUAGUAGGGACGGCGUAUACGGAUCGUAUCCUUCCAGUGCUAGGUAUCCUCCUAGCAGCUACAAGGAUAUGCAGUGA